AUGGCGCCGACAAAGACGAAGCUCACACCCCCGAAGCACUCGAGCGAAGUGAAAGCUGCAAUUCCGGCCCCUCAUGUCCUUCUGUUGACCCUCAACCGGCCGAAGUCGCUCAAUGCGAUGACACCGACUAUGACCGAGGAUAUGACGAGGCUUUUGGAUUGGUUUGAAGAGGAGCCAGAACUCUGGGUCGUGAUCAUAACAGGCGAAGGGCGAUUAUUCUGUGCCGGUGCGGACCUCCUUGCAUGGAACAAGGACCAGCAGUCCAACACCUCGAACGAGACCUCAGAUGUCCUCCGAGCGAUCCACGGCUUCGCCUCCGUCUCACGACGGCAGUCCGUCAAGCCUAUCAUCGCCGCGGUCAAUGGGGGUGCGUACGGCGGCGGCAUGGAGCUCAUUCUUAACUGCGAUCUUGUCGUCGCGGCCGACGACGCUAAGUUUGCUCUUCCUGAGGUGAAGAGGGGUGUCGUUGCGAUCCAGGGCGGCAUCCCGAGGUUGACGCAGAUCGUCGGACAUCAACGUGCCUCGGAGAUGCUCCUGACAGGCAAGACAAUAACUGCCGUUGAGGCUCGGGACCGCUUUGGAUUUGUUAAUACCCUUGUACCCGCGCCCUCUGUUUUGAGUGCUGCGAUCGCACUUGCGCAGCAAAUUACCGCCAAUUCACCCGACGCUGUGCAGUCGACGAAGCACGCUCUGAUCCUCUCACAGCGCCUAGGCCACUCUGAGACGCUAUAUCAGCAUGUGCAAAGUCCGGAGAGCAAACAGGUGUAUAAAGGACAGAAUAUCAAAGAAGGCCUCAAGGCUUUCGCCGAGAAACGCACUCCGGUUUGGACCAAUCCCGCCAAGUUGUAA